AUUUCUGUUCUUUUUCAGUAAUCCUGAGAUUUAAGUGUGUAAUUUACAAGAGCCAGCAUACUGGAGGAGUACUGGAAACAUCUCAGCCUCUUCAUAUGAAUCACUAGUUGCACUGAAUAAAGCAGGAGUACGUGUAUUUGGUUCUACCAGUACUCAGUCAUGGGAGGAGCGGUGAGUGCUGGAGAAGACAACGAUGACUUAAUUGAUAACCUGAAAGAAGCACAGUAUAUUCGCACUGAAAGGGUUGAGCAGGCAUUUCGAGCUAUCGAUCGAGGCGAUUACUAUUUGGAAGGCUACAGGGACAAUGCCUACAAGGAUUUGGCAUGGAAACAUGGGAACAUACAUUUGUCUGCACCUUGUAUAUAUUCUGAAGUGAUGGAAGCACUUAAACUUCAGCCUGGGUUAUCCUUCCUUAACCUUGGUAGUGGAACUGGUUACUUAAGUACAAUGGUGGGCUUGAUUUUAGGUCCAUUUGGUGUGAAUCAUGGCAUAGAACUCCAUUCUGAUGUGGUAGAUUACGCCAAGGAAAAACUAGAGAAAUUCAUUAAAUUUAGUGAUAGCUUUGAUAAGUUUGAAUUCUGUGAGCCAUUGUUUGUAGUUGGCAACUGUCUGGAAAUAGCAUCUGAUAGCCAUCAGUAUGAUCGUAUAUAUUGUGGAGCUGGAGUACAGAAGGACCAUGAGAACUACAUGAAAAUCAUGUUGAAUAUUGGAGGAAUUCUUGUUAUGCCAAUAGAAGAUCAGUUAACCCAAAUAACAAGGACAGGACAGAAUACUUGGGAAAGUAAAAACAUCCUUGCUGUUUCAUUUGCUCCUUUGGUCCAGCCAGAUAAGUCUGAUAAAGGCAGAUCCGAAACAGUAAAAUUACCCUCAUUUACUGUUGCACAGCUGCAAGACCUGGCUCGAAUAUAUAUCCGCCGCAAUCUAAGGAACAUGAUUAAUGAUGAACUGCAGGCCAAAGGUAUCCCCCAAAAAGCACCUCCAAAACGAAAGAGGAGGAGGUGCCGCAGACGUAGAUUUAACACUUACGUGUUUGUGGGUAAUCAGUUGAUUCCUCAGCCUCUUGAUAGUGAAGAAGAUGAAAAAAUGGAAGAAGAAAGCAAAGAAGAGGAAGAUAAGGACCAUACUGAGGUUGUUAAACAGGAAGAUCCUCUACCAAACCUGUUAAGACAAAAAAUUUGGAGUUUACCACUCCCAGAUUCAUUAAAAGCUUACUUGUCGUACUACAGAGAGAAGUAACAUUUUUUUACUUACAGGGUUGAAAACUGCAUUGCCUGCUGAAAUCACAGCAUUUUCUUGAACAUGUAGCAUUUCUUUAGAUACACAGUAUUUGCAGUUAUAAUCGCUGCUUGAAGACAGUACAAAAUUAUUACUGAUGGACUUAAUCUGUCUUAAAAGUAGCAACACUGGGCUUGGGUGUAGAAUACUGAGAUAAACAAGAAUUUAUUUGAGAUCUAUUUUUUACUCUACGUUUAAGAAGUCUCUGAAAACUCAUUAUUACUAUAAUUUCUGCUGUGACAGACAUUACAUUUAGAAGUCAUGGGCAGCACUAAUUAGUGCUUUGUAUGGCGACUAAUUUUUGGAUCUCUCGAUAGUUUUUACUGUUUUCGAGGAGAUAAAGCAGUUAGAUUUUUUUAUAUGUCGUUAAUCAUUCUUACUGAUGAUUGAUCACCUACAGAUAAUUGUAGCCUUUAAAAUGUCGACGCAUGCAGAGAACAUUUUUGUUUGACACAGCUCUUCAAAGUAUUCUGCAUUUAUGUUCAGGAUCUUCAUAGGUGUACUUAGAAAACUUAUUGCUGAUACUAUACCACCUAACUUAAAACUGUAAAGUGGAAAUUAAGAUAUUGUAUAGGAGGUGGUAUUAUUGAACGCAUUAAAAGCGAAAUGAACUAAAAGUUCCAUUGAUGACUUUAAAAUAUGCCAUCUUCAGAGUUCCAAACUAAAGUGAUAGACAUUAAUUUCUUUUCUCAGGUUGCAUGUCAUGUGGUAGUUUAAUAUUUCAGAGCCUAUUCAGUAUCGACAGAAAUGAUCCACAAAUAAGUAAAUCACACAGUUUGGGAUGUUUGGAAAAAUAUGACUAUUUUUAUUUUAAGCAGAACUGUAUUUAGGUUACUGCUUUGUUGCUGUCUCAUCUGAUAUGGAGUUUUAUAGAGCAGAUUAUGAAGCACUUUAAUUAAUGCAUUUAUUCACCAAAACACUGUUGAUGAAGCAGUUAUUUGCUUGCAGCUGUUUUUAGACACAGCUCUUCCAGUUUAAGAACCAGCCACAGAAAACAAUUUUAACUUGUUGGUGAUAGUGCAUUGUACCUUUUAACAGUGUGAUCCACAAACAUUGUUUAGAGUUCUUUAUAAAAAGAAAAGUAAAAAAAAAAUGUUUGUGAAGCUUGA